AUGGCUGAUUUUGGUCUGGAGGCGUCUAACAUCGCAAGCACCAUUGCAACACUCAAGCAGCGCAUGCAGGAGGCCGUUGAUGCACAGGACUACGUGCUGGCGGCCAAAAUGCGGGACCAGAUCGGCGAACUAGCCAGGAGCCAGCAGGAAGAUAUGGUAAACAUGCAGAAGUCCCAGUACAAUGACGAGUGCCGUCGCAUUGAACAGCAGUACGAACUCGAGCUAGAGAGAUUUAAUAGAACGUGGGAGGAGCGCCUCCUCGCUUUCGAGAACAAAGCGCGCGCGAAACGUGACGAGCUUGAAAUAGAGUACAACUAUGAGCUGAAGAACGGGGAGACUGCGUUCCAGCGCGCUCCAGUCAAGUUUUCUGCUGCACUUCUGAACCUCCGCGAAAAGCAGAUCUCCGCCGGUCGCACGGGGCACUUUGAGGAGGCCAUUAUUCUGAAGCGGGAGGCAGAUGCCAUGGAGGCCGAGGAGAUCCAGGCACAUGAGAAGCUCCAAGAUUUCCUAGAGCAGCAAGGAAGCGAGCCAAUUCACAAGCGCUUUGAGAUUCGAAAGAACUCGUUAGAGCAGCGCAUCGAGGCCGGAAAAGUCGACAUUAUGACCAGGUGGGCAGCAGAUCUGGAGGCCCUACAGAAACACUUCGAGGCGUUGAAGCGCCACGAGGCUAACAAAAUAUUCACCGCGCUGAAUCCAAAGCAGAGGAUGACACUUGACGACACAAAGAACCACACGAGUCAGCUUAAGCAGACCAUUAAAACGGCAAAGAGUCCUCUCACGUCAUACAUUAAAUCCGGCCCACGCUCCUCGUCCAGAUCAACUAGUCGCAGCGGUAGCAGAGCUUGUACCCUUUGUCAAGGCGUUAUCCCAAGCUCUGCAACCAUGACCCCGAGCCGCGCAGGGUCCACGUCUCGAGCAAGAAUUCCGACGUCCACAUCCACCGUUGAGAGGAUGCGUGUCUCGAAGGCUUCUCCCGGCGCAGCGUCAAGAACGAACCUUGGCAGCCGCACUGGGAGGAUGAAUCUCGGUGCUUCACAGACAGUUUCUACCCCAGGAAGAGUAGGGGGUGUCAGCCCCUCCGGCCUCCGAACCAUCUCUCCAUAG